UCAAUAUCUUCUGGAAGAGUUUAUCUAACAUUUUGGCUAUAGAAAUCAACCAUGCAGCCUAUCACCAUCAAUUUCAAUCAAUAUUGUUCAAAUGACUCAGGAAUGAGGCAAAGCUCUAUGGGAUGGCAUGGCAGCCAUCUCUAUGGAGGAGUCAACCCCUCAGCUACUUCUUUCUCUAUGCCAAUGAGAUUGCUUGAAAUGCCACCGAUUGAAGCUUACUUAAGCUUCAUUAAUGGUUUGGAAUCGCCCAAUAAUAGAGCAAGUUUCGUGCCGGUUCUUGAUUCCUCCACCCCUCCAGCAGGAAUUCCAGCUAAAUGCCAGCUCAAGCCACUCAAUACUCUUUGUGAGUCUCUGAACAAUGAAGAUAUCCCAAAAUUUACUGCUCAUAGUACUGAAUGCAUUUCUGAAACUGGCAGCUCCAAAGGGCAAUCCAGUACGUUUGUCGAGAAAAAGGAAAAAUCUAAACCGACAAGUCAUCGGGAAGGACUUCUGACCAAUGAGACUCCUGACAUCUUAAAGAAAUAUAAAUAUGAAUUCAGUUAUGUAUCAAGCUGAGGUCCAAACAGGAAGAAGAGGAUAAUUCAUUGUGGAUAUGCAGGAUGCUCUAAAACCUUCAUUAAAGCUUGGAACUUCGUCGAUCAUGCUCGUAUGCACCUAGGAGAGAGGCCAUUUGCUUGCCAGCUAUGCCCUUCUAGGUUUACCCAGAAGGGUAAUCUGAAGAAGCAUAUGAAGAAGCAUUUACAAGCUGAGGAAGACGAGAGAGCUUCCAAAUAACCUU